GAGUCUGAUGUAGUAUACGUUCCCUGUAGUGGUCUCACUGGUGAGAAUUUAACAGGGUCUUCCCAAGAGCCUCUGCUGCGCGCCUGGUAUAAUGGACCCUCCUUAUUGGACAGAAUAGACAAUUUUAGGCCUCCAAAGAGGGAUUUGGACAAGCCAUUCAGGUUUUGUGUAUCAGAUAUUUAUAAAGGAAUGGGAGCAGGAAUAAACGUAACUGGUAAACUGGAAGCUGGUAGACUUCAUGUUGGUGACAAGAUUGUUGUUAUGCCAGCAGGAGUGCAAGGACAGGUGAAAGACAAUUUUAGGCCUCCAAAGAGGGAUUUGGACAAGCCAUUCAGGUUUUGUGUAUCAGAUAUUUAUAAAGGAAUGGGAGCAGGAAUAAACGUAACUGGUAAACUGGAAGCUGGUAGACUUCAUGUUGGUGACAAGAUUGUUGUUAUGCCAGCAGGAGUGCAAGGACAGGUGAAAGGUCUAAGCAUACAUGAAGAGCCUGUGCAGUUGGCGUGCGCCGGCGAUCAGUCGACACUGAUUCUGUCAGGCUUAGACAUGAUGCAUGUCGGAUUGGGAACUGUUUUGUGUCCACCCCGCUCGCCGAUCAAAUGUACCACCAAAUUGAAAGCUCGUAUUUUAGUUUUUAACAUUCGUGUUCCUAUCACUA